AUGUCUAAGAUAAGGCAAGUCGACAACAUGUGACGUACAUGAAAUACGAGAAUCGAACAAAACCUUCAUCUACCCCUGAAAUCUUACCCUCCCUGGUCCCUUGUAUAAUCAACCAUCUCACGAAAUGAAAUACGAGAGCAAGCUAAUUAUAUUUUAUAUUCCCUUAGUAGUAAAAGACUUUAAGGAGAAGUACGACCUAGAAGAAGUUUGCUUAAAUCAAAAGGUCCUGACUUGUUUUGUCAUAAUUGGCUAUUCAUUUAAGCUGAAAGUGUUUUUGUUGCCAGAAAUCACGUUUUAAAAAUUGACAUUUUGAAAUUGAAAACAGAGAAAACAGCGGCAAGGAGAGCGAUAAUUCAAUUCUCGACUUGGAUCUUAAUUCAGACGGUGUAAUUCGUCCAUUCAUGUUUGAGCCGCAACAUAGCUCGUCUUCAGGAGAAGGAGAAAUUUUUGUUGACGAAGAAACUCAGAGAUAUACAAGGAGAAACAUCUACGCACUCACGUCUUGGAAAUCGUGAGUGGUGCUCUUAGCUCGCGGCAACUGUCAAGAGAUGCCAACAGAAAACUAAAUUGCAGUCAAGAAAUUAAUGUACUAGGUGAUUGACUAGCUCUGGAAGGUAGUUAAUUCCUUUCAAAUAACAUCUUUGUUUCUAAAGUGAUAGUUUUUUUAAUUUUUUACAAAAGAACAGCGCAGUGCUCGCGACGGAUUUAUUUCACACUGCUAAGCACGGAUCAUUUAGACCCGUGUGUUUACUGGCCGACGUCUUAAGAACAGCCCUUAUUAGCAUUCACCAAGUGAGAAAUGAUUGACUUGAAGAUUAUCCGUUAAAUGAGUAAGCAUUGACAGAAUCUAAACAUUUUCACAAAAUUCAUGCAAACAAAACGCUUAAGUUGUCUGCAAGUUAGUCUGAUGCGAACCGUAAGAAACAAAUGCAGUUUGUUGUCAGCCCUUUUAUCCCAAGCGAUGUUGUAAUCUUUUGUCGUAGGGGUGAACUUCACCGCAAUAUCAAUUGUAUAUAGAUUUCUUUAGUUUGUAUGCUUUGUUUUCCUAAUGGAGGUAAAUCAUGAGUAAGUAUGAACGUGAACGAGACAAAAUUGAAUGAAAGAGUACUAAAGAGAAUUAUUACAUUCCCUACUCUGGGAAAAUUAAAAAAAGGAGGUCUACUGUUCCAAAUUUGUUACGUGUACACAGAACCUCACGUUAUACGACGCGCGUCAGGAAGUCUCCCGUUGUCGAAGUGUUAGCUUAGGAUAUCGAUCUCAUUACAAAUAGGCGCCUGCUUGACGAAGUAGAAUUUGUUUAUUUCAAAUGCAUUUGUCUAGGUUCCGUUCUGACCAUGUAUAGGAGUAUUUUGUUUUUUUCAUAUGAGUAUGCGAUUGGCGGGUUAUAGACAGUCCACUUGGUGGACUUAUAACAAUCUUGGUAACGGGAACAAACGCGUGUUGGGGCAUCAAUGAGAAGUAA